ACCCCCUCUCUCUCUCUCCACCCCAACCCAAACCAACUCUCACCAAAACCAACUCUCUCUCUCUCUCCUCAUCCCAAAUCAACUCCGGUGCAACCAACUCCAAUUCACUUUCUUAAUUUUAGCGAAAACUUAUAUGUGCACCACGAUUAUUGGUGGAGCUUUGAUUUUACAGAGGCAUAACUGUCUAUGAUAUUCUCGUCCUCCAUGACGGAUUGUGAUUGAUGAAUGAAGGAAUUCUUUGACGGCUACCACGCACAUAAUAACUGUGGUGAUUGGGGCUGGGGUUUUGGCUCUAGCGGAUGCCAUGGCGCAGCUAGGGUGGAUAGCUGGUAUAGCGACUAUGAUAGCCUUCGCAGUCAUCUCCACUUUCACUUACAAUCUUGUAGCAGAUUGCUAUAGAUUUCAGACCCAGUUACUGGCAAGAGAAAUUACACUUACAUGCAAGCUGUCAAGGCAUACUUAGGUAUUUACCCUUAUCUCAUUUAAUGAGCAAGAUAAAAAUUUGAACCCAUCUUGCAAAAGGAGAAAUUGGGCUGAACCCAAGCAUUCCAAGCCAGCUCAAAUUCAGGGUCCUCUUCCCUUCCAUCACAAUCCAGACACAGAAGGCCAACAAUCUCAUUUCUCCUCUCUCCCUCUCAACUAAGUGCGGGGCUGCUGUCAAAAGAACCACCGUCGGCGAGCCAAGCACCACCGUCUGGCUCCAGUGGCUCCUUCUCCACCUUCCCUCAGUUCCGUUCGCACCGUCCGUUGCAGAAUCCAAUGCUAGCUGCGGCAACCCGUCGCUAUCUCGUGCUCCAUCGUAAUUCCCUGGAAACGCCACCGCCACCUGCUUCUUCGUCGUUCGAGCCUCCUCUUCGAGAUUCCAAGGGAAGACCGCCGCAAGGAGUGGAGCUGGUCUUGCCAAGAUCGGAGAAACGCGCCGGAACCCUCCGCCACACCUUCGAGGAUCUCCGGUGCCGGUCGCUGCUGCCAUUCCGUCAACCCAGGGCGUCGCGAGCAUCUGCUCCCCCCUCACGGAGGUGCCGUCCUCGGCGCCGCUACCUGUUGUCAGAUAUGCCGCUGCUUCGUCCUCGACCGGAUUUGUUCCCCGCCACGGACGACCACCGGCAUCCAAAGAUUGCGUUCCCGCAUACAGUUCUUAAGAGAAGAAAAGCAUACUCUUUUUUGGUGGCAGAAGGAGCUUCUCAAGUGUCCGUAAAACUUGGUUGGCUAUUUGAUGAUGGUAUGAAUUUGAGCUUUUCAUCCAAAAGUCGUAACCUUUUGGCUCGAGCUUUUCAUGCUGGUAAGCGUUUCUUAAACCCAGAUUCUGGAGAUAUUGUUUUCAAAGCUAUUUGUGUUAAUUUAAAGCAUAAGAGAUGGAGUGUAUUGGAGCGAUUAUCCCCCAAGCUCACCAGCUCUUUGGUGAGCCAAGUUGUUUGCGAGUUCCAAAACUCGCCACAGUUGGCUUUAGAUUUUUAUAACUGGGUUGGAGGGUUGUUCCCUCACUCAUUAGAUUCCUGUUGCACUUUGGUUCAUGUGCUAGUGAAGUCAAGAAAAUUUCAUGAGGCCCUGUUUCUGCUGAGAAACUUGAUUACUCAAGACGGUACUUCUCCAUUGGUGGUGUUGGAAGUAUUGAUAGAGAGUUAUCGAAAAUGUUGCUCUAGUAUUGCGGCUUUUGAUUCAUUGGUGAGGGCUUGUACUCAGGUUGGGGCUACUGAAGGUGCUUAUGAUGUCAUCUAUAGUUUAAGGAGUCGGGGUUGUUUCAUUACUAUUCAUGCUUGGAAUAAUUUCCUAAAUCACUUGUUGCAAUUGAAUGAAAUCGAUAGAUUUUGGAAUUUGUAUAGAGGAAUGGGUUCUUUUGGUUACAUGGAAAAUGUGAAUACUUUUAAUUUGGUUAUCUAUGCUCUGUGUAAGGAGUACCGACUAGUGGAAGCUAUUUCAGUGUUAUAUAGGAUGAUGAAGGGUGGAAUUUUCCCCAAUGUAGUCUCGUUUAACAUAAUCAUAGACGCGGCAUGCAAGAUUGGCAAAUUGGGUCUUUCCUUGAAACUUUUUAAAAGGAUGACCAUGAUAUCAGGGGAUUUUGUUUGGCCCAAUUCUGUUACGUACAACUGCAUAAUCAACGGGUUUUGCAAGACUGGGAAAUUAUUACUUGCAGAAGAAAUGCUUCAUAAAAUGGCCAAGGCUGGUAAAGAGCCGAGUGUUCGUACAUAUGCUACUUUGAUAGAUGGAUAUGCUAGGUGGGGAAGUCUGGAGGAGGCACUGAGGUUCUGUGAUGUAAUGGUGGAAAGGGGAUUGGUCCCUAAUAACGUUGUUUAUAAUUCGAUUUUAUAUUGGUUUUAUCGUGAAGGAGGGAUUGAGGAAGCUUCUAUGCUACUAUCUGACAUGAUUGAUAAGCAUAUAUGGCCUGAUCAAUACUCAUAUGCAAUUCUUACCAAAGGCUUUUGUAGAAAUGGAAAUCUGACUGAAGCUCUUAAGUUUCAUAGCCAGAUUUUAGAACAUAACCUAAUACAUGAUUCUUUUUCUCACAACAUACUUCUUAAUUAUAUAUGCAAAAGGAAAAACAUGGCAGGAGCUAAGCAACUAUUGGGCAACAUGAUUACUCGUGGCCUUGCUUUUGAUGUUUAUACAUACGGAACUAUGAUUGAUGGAUACUGUAAACUAGGUAACACAAACGACGCGCUCCAAGUUUUUGAUUGGAUGAUAAAGAUGGAUGAGAAGCCCAACUUGACAAUAUACAAUUCUGUCAUUAAUGGUCUGUGUAAAAUGGCCUCAACAGAUGCUGCAGAAUACAUAGUUGAUGAAUUACGAAAGAGAAGAUUAUUUGAUGCAACGACAUUUAAUACCUUGAUUAGUGGAUAUUGCACUAGUGGACAAAUUGAUAAAGUGUUUAAUUUGACGAUGGAAAUGAAAAGGUUGGGAAUUUCUGCAAAUAGAGUCACAUAUAAUACACUGAUAAACCUUCUUUGCAAGUGUGGUUGCGAGGAAGAAGCAAAAGAAUUGAUGAAGAUGAUGAUUGUCCAGGGUAUUUGUCCUGAUUUUGUAACGUACACUAUACUUGUUACUCACUUCAUCAAGAAAUGUAGUCCUAAUGAGGUGAUUGCAUUACAUGACUACAUGAUUCUAAAAGGAGUUGUCCCUGACCAGAAAACAUAUGAUAUCAUUGUAACACCACUUUUAAAAGAAGAAGGAUGAAAGAAAAAGUCAUAAUACGAUAUGUAUAGUAUUCUAAAAGGUUGUCUGGUCUCAGUUUGUCACUUUUCCAUUUUUUUCUUUAAUACUGACAGAUCAUACCAUUCAUUCUUUAGUGUACCAAUUAUAUUCCUGUCAAUUCAAAUUACUUCAUUUUAA